AUGUACCAGGAAGCCCCACGCUUCCAGUGUGAAAUACGCAAGUCCCAGAAAUUCCGCAUGGAUUACAUGUGGGCCCAGAUGUUCAAGACGUACUACCGCUUGAACGAUCUAGCUACCAACUGGGAUCAAGCCAGACAAAUAUGCGAGGCCGAAGGGACAUAUUUGUUCAUACCGGACUCAUUAGAUGAAAUGGAAAGUUUUAAAUUGCUGAUGAGCAACAUGAAAGCCCAGUAUACUGGGAUAUUUAUGGGAUUACACGAUAAGUUCUCAGAUGGAAACUUUGUCACAUUAAAAGGAGAAUCAAUAGCUGGCACAACCAUAGAGCUUUUGUGGGCACAGGGUUCUCCUGACAAUGUCAAUGGCACUGAACACUGUGUUGUGAUGACCAGAGAAGGAUUACUGGACGAUCGGCCCUGCGAUGAUAUAUACCCAUUCGUUUGCAAAAUACUGGGAAGCGAAAUUGAAUUUAACGAAAAGUGCAAUAACUUUGAUUUGGCAUAUAUACCUAGAAACAACGGAAAAUGCUACAAGUUUCACGCGGAGCCCCUAUCUUGGUAUGACGCAUACUUAAUCUGCAAGUCCGAAGAAGGAAACUUGGCAAUCGUGAAUUCAGCAGACGAAGCCUCAUUCAUAACUGAAAUGCUAAGUGAAAACCUUGAUAGAAAAGUACCAGACCCCAAUAUCCUAUUUAUUGGAUUUAGCGACCUGAUGUUUCCUUUCCAGUACCGAACGAUAUUAGGUCAAUCACUCGAAGAUGCAGGCUAUUCCACUUGGGGUCAUAUUGAGGAACAGACAUCAAAGUUAGACUCAAAUCAUUGUGGAGCCAUAACUAGUGAAGGUUUCUUACAAAUCACUCGGUGCAACAGACCGGCGAUGUUUCUUUGCGAAAAAAUAAUAAAUAACACAGCUGAAUAA